UUCUUCCUGCAAGGCCAAGGUAGUCUGCUAAAGUAGUUUUUACACAUUCUCUCUCUUCAUUGUUUCCAAUACCCAAUUGACCAUCUUCUCUAGAGCCCCUAAACAAUAAACACAUGCAUGUAUACAAUAAACAUAGUGAUUGCUUUGAUAAAUUGAAGGGGCUAAAAAAAAGUUUGAGCUCUGUCUGAAUAGCGGUUCUGCAAGCCAUACUUUUGUGGGUGCUCUCAGUUUACUGUGUAUUUUUUGCUGCUAAGUAAGGAAUACUUGGAGCUUUCACUUUUUAUUACAGUUUGGUGGAAAUCUGAUUUCAAGAAUCACAUUAGAGUCAAUUCCCAUUUUGAUAUAGUGCUUUUUCGGGUGUUUUUAACUUUUUAUGUCAUAAUUUUUAUAAAGUACUGUAUUGUUUUAGUUCUGUGUUUAGCUGUUUCUGGUUCUAAUAUUGAUGGGUCGUUACUUUAAUUUACUUAUAGUUUCAUGUGUUUAGUUUUUCUUUCAACCCCUCCAUAAUUCCUAAUUUCAGGAGAAGUAAAAAUUAAUUUUAUUUUCCAUUUAAUUUGAUAUUCAGGAACAGAUUACUCUUGCUUAUGGCAUCCGCAGAAAGCUUCAAUUUGCGGGUGAAGAAAUACUCAUCUACAUUGAUGCUUCAAUUUUGGGCAAGGGUAAAAGCAAAUAAUGGAAGAAUCUGAGUACUAUGAUGUUCAUGGUGUUGCUUCUGUAGCAUCUCCAGAAGAGAUAUGCAGAGCCUAUUAUCUCAAGUCGUCUCACUAUUGCAUUCAUGGCCAAAACCAACCGUUGGGACUCUAGCUUACAUUGCUCCGGAGGUCUUGUCCAGAAGAGAAUAUGAUGACAAGUAUUCUCUCAGGCUACUCUAUGUCGCAAUUGGAGUUGGACUGUCUGCUUUUGUUGAGGGACUGUGUUGGGCAAGAACUGCUGAAAGACAAACAUCUCGAAUGAGGCUAGAGUACCUAAAAUCUGUGCUGAGGCAGGAAGUUGGGUUUUUUGACACACAGGCAGCUGAGUCUUCCACUACUUAUCAGGUGAUUUCAACAGUCUCAGCUGAUUCAACUACCAUCCAAAUCACCAUAGGCGAGAAGAUACCUGAUUGCCUAGCUUACAUGUCAUCCUUCUUGUUCUGCCAUAUCUUUGCCUUUCUGCUAUCAUGGAAGAUCACGUUAGCCACGAUACCAUUCACCUUAAUGUUCAUCAUCCCUGGACUUGGAUUCGGGACAAUGAUGAUGAAUGUGGGAAUGCAGAUGAUAGAGUCUUAUGGUGUUGCUGGAGGAAUAGCAGAACAAGCUAUCUCAUCUAUAAGAACUCUAUAUUCAUAUGUGGCUGAGAACCAAACUCUCGAAAAGUUCAGCCAAUCAUUGCAGAAAGUUAUGGAACUAGGAAUUAAACAAGGCUUUGCUAGAGGCCUGUUGCUAGGUAGCUUGGGAAUGGUUUAUAUUAGCUGGGCUUUUCAAGCAUGGCUCGGAUCGAUUUUAGUCAGCAAACACGGAGAAAAAGGAGGGGAUGUUUUUGUAGCAGGUUUCAAUGUUCUUAUGGGAGGAUUAAAUAUUCUGUCGGCUCUUCCAAAUCUUACAGCAAUCACGGAGGCAAAGUCUGCUGCAAUUCGGAUCACAGAGAUGAUUGAUCGACAGCCAGCUAUUGACACUGAAGAUAAGAAGGGGAAAGCAUUGUCAUAUGUAAGAGGAGAAAUCGUAUUCAAUGGCGUAUACUUCAGUUACCCUUCAAGGCCCGAUACGCCUAUCUUGCAAGGCCUGAAUCUUAGAAUUUCGCCUGGAAAAACUACAGGACUUGUAGGGGGUAGUGGUUCUGGGAAGUCCACCAUCAUUUCAUUGCUUCAGAGAUUCUACGAUCCCAUUGAAGGCGAUAUUUCCUUGGAUGGACACAAGAUAAAGAAACUCCAUCUAAAAUGGCUUAGAUCCCAAAUAGGUCUGGUUAAUCAAGAACCAAUUCUCUUUGCAACAACCAUAAAAGAGAACAUAUUAUUUGGCAAGGAGGGAGCAACUAUGGAAGAAGUAGAGAAGGCAACAAAAGCUGCAAAUGCUCAUGACUUUAUUAUCAAGUUACCAGAUGCAUAUGAAACUCAGGUUGGCCAAUUUGGGCUGCAGUUAUCUGGAGGACAAAAGCAACGAAUAGCCAUAGCGAGGGCUUUGAUAAGAGACCCAAAAGUCCUGUUGCUUGAUGAAGCUACAAGUGCACUGGAUUCACAAUCUGAAAGAGUUGUACAAGAGGCUCUCGAUCACGCAUCUAUGGGAAGAACUGCAAUCGUCAUAGCUCACCGUCUGUCCACCAUUAGAAUGGCGAAUAGGAUAGUGGUUCUUCAACAAGGGAGAGUAAUUGAGUCUGGAACACACGAAGAGCUUAUGCAAAUGACUGAUGGGGAAGGUGGGGAGUAUUACAAAAUGGUGCAGUUGCAACAACUAGCCACAUUAAAUGAUGUUGUCAAUACCCCGAGCCAAAAGACUGGUGGAAGAAGUAGCAACCUAAAGGGCACUAUACCACAAAGUCCACUGAACAUGAUCUCUAGUGCAGCUGCCACACCGGUUAUGUCCCCGUUCAGCCCAGCAUUUUUUUCCCGAAGUGCACCAUUCUCAGCUCCUUACUCCGUUCAGUAUGAAGAAUCCUAUGACAGUUAUGAUGACCAUUUCAUAAGAGAGGUUUAUCCAACACCUUCACAAUUCCGUUUACUGAAAAUGAAUGCUCCUGAGUGGGGCAGAGCCUUGCUUGGAGGCAUAGGAGCAAUAGGUUCGGGAGCUGUUCAGCCAAUUAAUGCAUACUGCGUUGGGGCAGUUAUAUCUGUUUACUUCCGACCUGAUAAAUCCUCCAUUCAAUCCCACGCGAGAGUCUAUUCUUUUGUAUUCAUAGGUCUUGCUGUUUUCAACUUCUUCACAAAUCUUAUCCAACACUAUAAUUUUGCUGUCAUGGGAGAAAAGCUAACCAGAAGGAUAAGGGAGAAACUGCUUGCUAAACUCAUGACCUUUGAGAUCAAAUGGUUCGAUCAAGAUGAGAACACGAGUGCUGCCAUAUGUGCCCGGCUAUCAACUGAAGCCAACAUGGUUCGUUCCCUCGUAGGAGAUCGCAUGUCACUGCUAGCUCAAGCGUUUUUUGCCGCUACAUUUGCUUAUACUUUAGGACUUUUCCUCACAUGGAAACUUGCCUUAGUGAUGAUGGCAGCUCAACCAUUGCUCAUUGGAAGCUUUUAUGCGAGAACUGUGCUGAUGAAGAGUAUGUCUGUAAAAGCACAGAAAGCUCAAAGGGAGGGAAGUCAACUAGCAAGUGAAGCUGUUAUUAAUCAUAGAACUAUAACUGCUUUCUCAUCUCAGAAAAGGAUAGUAGGGCUCUUUAAAGACACAUUAGAAGGUCCUAAGAAGGAAAGCAUACGACAAUCUUGGUAUGCCGGUGUAGGUUUGUGUAGCUCUCAAUUCCUAGCUGCAGCUUCUACAGCUUUAGCUUACUGGUAUGGGGGGAAACUAUUGUCGCAAGGGGAAAUAUCUCCCGAGAAACUUUUUCAAGCAUUUCUAGCACUGCUUUUCACUGCUUAUACUAUUGCUGAGGCAGGAAGCAUGACUAAAGAUAUAUCUAGGGGAAGUAAUGCUGUGGGCUCAGUCUUUGCAAUCCUCGAUAGAAACACUGAGAUUAAUCCAGAUCAUUCAUCAGCAAUAGAUGCAACAAGGACACAAAUAAAGGGACGUGUGGAGCUGAAAAGAGUAUUUUUUGCCUAUCCAUCAAGACCAGACCAGCUGAUUUUCAGAGGAUUAAGCCUCAAAAUAAGUGCAGGAUCCACAGUAGCAUUAGUUGGACAAAGCGGUUGUGGAAAAUCAAGUAUAAUUGGGCUUAUUGAAAGAUUUUAUGAUCCAGAUAAAGGAUCAGUCUAUAUCGACGAAAAGGAUAUAAAAGACUACAAUUUGAGAUCACUGAGGAGAAGUAUUGCAUUAGUUAGCCAGGAACCAACUCUCUUUGCAGGAACUAUUUACGAGAACAUUGCCUACGGAAAAGAGAAUGCCAAAGAUUAUGAGAUAAGAAAGGCUGCUGUUCUUGCUAAUGCUCAUGAGUUUAUAAGUGGGAUGAAUGAUGGAUAUGAAACUCAAUGUGGACAAAGGGGAGUACAACUAUCAGGAGGUCAAAAACAAAGAAUAGCCAUUGCCCGAGCAAUACUCAAGAACCCGAAAAUCCUGCUUUUAGACGAAGCGACUAGUGCUCUUGACACUGUAUCUGAAAGCGUGGUCCAAGAAGCACUAGAGAAGAUGAUGGUUGGCCGAACGUGCAUUGUUGUGGCUCAUCGCCUAUCAACAAUACAGAAAGCAACUUCUAUUGCUGUUAUAAAGGAUGGAAUAGUUGCAGAACAAGGCUCGCAUUCUGAUCUACUGUCUGUAGGAAAACAUGGCACAUAUUAUUCACUGGUAAAAUUGCAAGGGGGAAACUCUCCUUACAGGUAAACUUAAAGAAAAUGAUAGUGUUGUCUCAUAUGAAGGAGCUUGUCUUGUGCUACGUUUGCCACCAUUUUUGUAAAUUGAGAUAUGGUACUUUUCCAUUGAACAUUUAUUUAUUUCUUCAAAUAAAUGUUACUAAAUUUUUUUCAGCUCAUAGAACAAUCACGUCUUAAUAGCAACAUAGA